AUGAGAUUUGUCCGCUCUCGGAUGGCCAAGUUGGCGUUGGGGGUGAUCGGGGUUCCUACCGUUAGCGUGGGUGCUCUUGCUGUGUAUAUACAGUAUCGGCAACACACUCGUCUGGUGCCACGCGUGCUAAAGCCGCUCGUGGACGAGAACGGUAACCUCAUCUUGGAGAGCCGCUUGGUGACGCGUCCGUCGCACUUUGCCGUGUGGUGGCGGUUGGUGGAUCUAGCGCUCAUCUUCAUUCCUUUAACUGUUCUGUACUUCAUUCUGUCACUGCGUAAGGAGUGGCAUGAUCGGUGGCUGAAAAUGCUGCUGGCGGCGGUGCAGCGCGCUGGCCCCGUUUUUAUAAAGAUCGGCCAGUGGAGUUGUACCCGCGAGGACCUCUUUUCCCCUGAAUUCCGCAACGUCUUUAAGCGGCUGUACAGUGAAGUCGACAUACAUCCGUACGAGGAUACACUUCGCAUCUUGUCAGAGGAGCUGAAAUGCGACCCGUUCACCGUCUUCGACUCCAUUCAGCCCGAGACGGUCGGCUCUGGCUCUAUUGGUCAGGUGCAUCUCGCACAGCUGAAGAACUCCAACCGCAAGGUGGUCAUCAAAGUUAUGCACCCGGGUAUCAUUGAAACGAUUGUACUGGACUUCACUAUUCUCAAUAGUUUGGCCAAGAUGGUGGACACAUGGUGCCCCAAUCUGGGCCGCUACCGUCUCCCGUCGCUUUCCUUGGCCUUCACGACUCACCUGGCGGCGCAGCUGGACUUCCGGAUAGAGGCGCAAAACCUCGAGCAAUUCCGUGAGAACUUCAAGUCAGAGCACUACGUAGAGUUCCCUGAGCCGCUCAUGUCGACGCAGCGGAUGCUGGUGGAGACGUUCUGCGAAGGCGAGCCGGCAAACCCGGAGUUUCUUGCGUCUCUGCCGUCGCACGCUCGCGAUGUACUGGCGAACAAAGGUCUCAACACAUGGUGCAAGAUGCUGCUGAGGGACAACUUCAUCCACGGCGAUAUGCACCCAGGCAACAUCCUCAUCGACACCACGAGUGACCCACACGAGCCGAGGGUGACCAUGAUCGAUGUCGGCCUCUGCCAGCAGCUCACCGAGCACGAGGGAGCCGUCACGCACGACUUGAUGGAGUCGUUUGUGCGCUGGAACUCCAACCAGUGCGCCGACAGUCUCCUCGCCAUGUCGGAUAAGCAACCAUACGUUGAGUCUGACGCCUUCCGCCGCGACUUGGCUGAUCUCUUCAAGCACUACCGCCCUACGCGCAACGAUGAGAAUGCCGUCACGAACAUCUUGCAGUCGGUGUUCGAAAGCAUUCGCCAGAACAACGUGCAGAUGGAUACUGCUUACGUGUCACUGCUCUUCGCUGUGCUCGUGCUCGAGUCGUUCAUCAUGAACCUAAAUCCGGACUUCAACAUGGUGCGUCACGCCGCACCAUGGCUGGUGAGUGAGGGUCACCUGUCGAAGGGUGUUGUGAAGAACCUCAUCAAGACAAAGAUCGACAAUCUGAAGCGCAAGUACGGCAUUUUCAGCGGUCGACUGGAAGACCUGCAGCAGGAGGCGCAAAACAAGGUCAACGGUUUGCGUAUAAGCGAGGGUGCUUGGUAG